AUGAGCAUGAUGGAGAUUAGCAAGAAUGGGCAUCCCCAACUCGUGUGGAAAUGCACCCAUAGGCCCUGUGAAGGUUGCAAUCGGCAGCAAAAGUCACUUCGUGAAGGCAGCUUUUUCUCUGGCCUCAAGAUUGGUAUGCAUCAAGUGCUUGGGAUCAUUUGGCUUUACCUUUAUAAGGUCGAGAUGAAGGGUAUUAGGGAUUUGACUGGUGCUAGUGCUCCUACUGUGCGCACAGUCAUCCAUCUACUUUAUAGAUUGAUGAAUGCCGAUAUCAAGGAUGACGAUGUGACUAUCGGUGGAAAGGAUAGCGAUGGGAACUCCAUCAUUGUCGAGGUGGAUGAAUCAAAAUUCGGAAAACGCAAGAGUCAUCGAGGCCAUCGUGUUGAAGGUGUUUGGGUUGUUAGUGGCGUUGAGAAAACGCCUGAUCGCAAGUUGUUCUUGACCACUGUCGAAGACCGCAAGAAGGAUACACUCCAUUUGAUCUUGGGAAACUACAUCAAGGCAGGUAGUGAAAUCCGUACCGAUUGUUGGAAAGGAUACUGUGGUUUGUCGCGUUUGCCUGGUAAGCAGUACCGUCAUAAGACUGUGAGCCAUGCAAAGGAGUUCAAAACUGUGGCCGGUGUGCAUACCAAUACCAUUGAAGGUACAUGGAAUGGCAUCAAGUCCCUUAUUCGUGCCCGCCAUCGUACAGCUCCAACAAUGAAGUACCGCCUUGCUGACUUAUCUUCCGGCGCAAGCACGCAAAUGACCUUUGGGUUUGCUGCACAAGAUGAUGUAGAUGAGGAGUUCAUUUACACAGAAGUGCGUCGUGAACGUGCCGAUUUGGAUCACGAUGAUUCGGAGUUUGGAGACGAAGAUGGAUGGGAGACUGAAAGUGAGCAUGAUGAUGAGCAUGAUGGCAGUUAUAGGCUAGUUAACCGUAAAAGAAAGCCACGUCCAUUGAAGCACUAUGUAGUGUAA